AUGAUGCUAGUACCUACAACCAAGGUAGUCGCGCUAUCAGUUGCAGUCGCUGUAAGGGACACGAUUGGCGCGGCGCUGCUGAUGGAAGAUGGCCUGACGGGAAUGAUGAUACGGGUAGGCGAAGGAGUCGGCAAAGGAGUCUCCGACGCGGGUACUGGUGUCGAGACCGCUGGUGUCGAGACCACUGGUGCUGAGGAUACGGAACCUGUGCCAGCAGUUGGCGUAGGGAGCUCACUCUCGGUGACGUUGGUAGAGGUUUGCGGAAUCAGUGUGGGCACAGCACUGCUUGCUGAGCCUGUCGGCAGUCCGGAUGAUACCUCUUCAGAUGCUGGCACACUCAAAGACUGGCUGCUCACAGGAGGUGUGACAGUGGGGGACGCAGAUGUGCCAACAGCUCCUGUGCCGGAUGGACUGAUACCCGAGGCCGGAGGUGUGACGCUAGCUGGAGCAGAGACAGUGGGCGUAAGGCCAGUCGAGGAGAGAACCUCGGAAGUAGGUACACCAGACGAGACAGGUGUGGAAGCUGGGACUGGCACAGAUCCAGUUGGCAGAGUACCUGAGGAGGGAAACACUCCAGAAGAUGGCAGGAUCUCCGACGCGAAGCUUGAGGCCGAGACGGUGGGAACGACAAUAGGCUCACUAGUGGGGAUACCAGUACCAACAGACGAAACCAGCGAAGAAAUGAUUGUCGGACGCAGGCUGGCCUCGCCGGAAGUAGGCACCGGAGUGGGGGCAGUAGAAGCAAGGCCUGUACCAGAAGGCAGGAUGCCUGACACAUCAGGUAGAAUGGACGAGCUCACAAACUGCUCUGGUUGCACAGAGCUAGUGGCAGCAGCCUCUGAGGUGGGAAUGGGUCCCGAACCCAGGGGCUGA